AACCAUAAUAAGACGACUACAUAACAGCCCGUCUACCUGUUUAUUCCUGCCAUGCGCUGCAGCCGGAUUGGUGAGAACGCCAGUCACUUGUGAGGCGGGGAGUAAUCAGCAAUUUCGUGUUGACAGUGGAGUGUGGAGGGAACAGCACGGAAGCAAACUGAUUACUACUACCACAUUAUAGUACUGUGGAAGGGACAAACAAGUGCCAGGCAGUAUGGUGCCAGAGGAUCACGACUCCUUCAAGGUACACGAGGCUUCCUACCAAGGCCGCUAUGAGGAAGUGAAGGGAAAGGUGCUGAAUAACAACCGUCUCCUCACCACCUUGGAUGAUAGUGAACGGCAGGCACUGCACUGGGCCGCCUGUGGGGGACACGAAGAACUGGCCAGCUUUCUCAUAGAACAUGGAGCACCAGUUGACAAAGCAGAUGAUUCAGGGUGGACGCCCCUCAUGAUUGCUGCUUCUGCCGGCCGCACCCAAGUGGUGAGGAUGCUGAUUGGCCGUGGCGCCAACACUAACGCCCAGAACACUGGAGGUCACUCAGCCUUGCAGUAUGCUGCAUCCAAAAACCACCAUGAGAUCGUGUCAAUCCUGAUGGACAACUGGUCUGAUGUGAACCUGCAGGACAAGAGAGGUGCCACAGCCCUGCACCGUGCUGCCUCCAAGGGGAACAUUCAGUCCAUGACACCCCUCCUGCAGAGUAACCAGUGCUCUAUCAAUGUGCCAGACUCUGAAGGCAACACUCCUCUGCAUCUUGCAUGUGAAGAGGAGCGUCUUGAGGCCGUCCGAUUGUUGCUGGAGCGAGGCGCCGUCACUGAUAAGGUAAACCGAGAAGGGAAAACUCCAAUACAGAUGACAUCUUGUUUGUCAAUCAGAAGACUGAUGCGCAUGAAUGAAAUGUGAUCUUGGAACUUUAAAAAUCAGCCUAUAGUUUUUAGAAUAAGGAGAGCUCAGUAAACACUCAUGAAGUUGCUUUAAGUUGAUAUUUAUUUCCAGAGACCUGCAAAAUAUUUAAGUCAAGAUUACAUGUAGUACUACUUUCCAUGUAUGUAAAGAGAAUUUUGUAUGUUUUUGUUUAUUGAUACUUUUGCAGGAACAGUUUAUUUCCUAUUGGGAAUAUUUUGUUUAAUACCGGCACUAGUUUGCUAGUUAUAUGACUCGUGUGAAAAAUGUUGAAAUAGCUGUGGAUCAGCUGUGUAGUGUUUGUGGUUCUUGCCUGUAAACAUACCACUUGUUUGAUGAUAUGUACACCAUUAUGUGACAAGUGUCCUCACACAUGCACAUACACACACACACCUUCAGCUUAAAACUGAAACCAAGUGUUUGAAUGUGGGUCUUAAAACUGAAACCAAGUGUUUGAAUGUGGGUCAAGUACAGAUAAUUUGGACAGGUCCUCUCUUGCACUGUAGCCCUGUACACCUAGCAUUUGUACAUCAUGAACAAUUAUAUACAUGCAUUGAGUCAGAUUUUCA